AUGGUACGCGACUCCUCACCACCCGAGUCGCCGCUCUCAUCGGUGGACGAGUCAGACCAAUACGAAGAGGACGGCCACGAGUACGAUGAAUCAACAUUGCGGCCCUCGAAGCGCCAGCGACUUGAAGCCGGUUCAACUACAUCUUCUGCUGUAGUUCCCGAUGUCGAAGCCGAAGCGGUGCCUGAGCCUGAUCCCCUCGAGGGCAUGUCCGAUGUGUCAUCGGAUACCUCAGGCGAUAUCCCCAGUUCCCCGAUCAAUGCGCGCCUCGACGAAGAAGACUUCCAAGAACAAGUCACGAAAUGCGACUGGGAUGGUUGUCCAGCGGGCGACCAGGGCAACAUGGACAAGCUGGUUGAACACAUCCAUAACUCGCAUAUUGAGAACCGGCAGAAGAAGUAUACCUGCGAAUGGAUGAGCUGUACGCGAAAGGGCCUACCGCACGCCAGUGGUUAUGCCCUCAAGGCACACAUGCGCAGCCAUACAAGGGAGAAGCCUUUUUACUGCUACUUACCUGAAUGCGACCGGUCUUUCACAAGAAGCGAUGCACUUGCUAAACAUAUGCGUACGGUUCACGAGACAGAAGCACUCCGUCCGUCUGACCCUGUUCCCAAGUCGAUGCAAGCCGGGCCACAGGGCAAGGGAGGCAAGAUAAAAAUCAUCAUGAAGACCAACCAACAAUCGCAAGGGCCCCAUGAUGACAUGGACGAUGCUGCCAACGGCGACGAAUCUAACGCCGAGUACUUUACACCAUUGACGUCGGAUCUCUUCACUCAUGCUGAGCUUGAGCUUCCUGUCGACAAGCUGUACCGAAAGUGCCAUUGGGAGGGCAAGUGGGCCGAGGAGAUUGGAGAGUCUCUGAUGAAAGAGUGCAAAGAGUGGGAGGAAAUCUAUUACAAGGAGUGGCUCGAGAAGGAGGUUCUACUUGCGCAGGUCAUUCAGAGCGAGGUCAAUUGGCAUGAGCGACGACAGGCCAUUCUCACAGGGGUUGUCGAUGUUCACGUUCCUGGCGCCGUAGAGAGCGUCGAAGGCGAGAGGACAAACGGUGCGAACGCUGAAAGCGACGGAGCUGCCAACGGGACAAAGGUGGCAGAGCUCACUGCGUAG